UAGUGUAGUUAAUAAAUACACAAAGGUAAGUGGAGAGUCGAAAAGAUUCCCUAAGCACUCACUAUAACCUCCUGUCAUUCCCAAAACCCAACCUUUUUACUCCUACUUUCCUCUUCAUUUCUUCCUUCUUCUUCUCCAAAAAAAAAAAUCCCUAGAAAAUUCUACAUCAAAUUCCAAGCAAAACCCAACAAUUUUCUUUGCUUCUAGGUAUAGUAAUAAUCAUGGCAGCUGUGUCCGAAACCCAGAGUUCGUUCUUGAAAUUGUGGGGUUUUUUGGCAGUUGUACUUGCUAUAGCUGUGGCUGUGAAGGGGAAUUCAGAAGGGGAUGCUUUGUACGCUCUCCGCCGGAGCUUAUCCGAUCCGAGUAACGUGCUCCAGAGCUGGGAUCCGAAUCUUGUUAACCCUUGUACCUGGUUUCAUGUCACUUGCAACGGAGAUAAUCAAGUCACUCGUGUGGACCUUGGCAACUCAAAGUUAUCUGGUCAUUUGGUACCUGAGCUUGGAAAGCUUGAACAUCUACAGUAUUUGGAGCUUUACAAAAAUAAUAUUCAGGGAACCAUCCCUAAAGAACUCGGUAACUUGAAGAGCCUUAUUAGUCUGGAUCUGUACAACAACAAUAUUUCGGGGACAAUUCCUACUUCACUGGGAAAGCUGAAAAACCUUGUUUUCUUGCGUCUGAAUGAUAACAAGCUAACAGGACCAAUCCCAAGAGAACUUACUAGCGUUUCUAGCCUGAAAGUUGUGGAUGUCUCGAAUAACAAUUUGUGUGGAACAAUUCCCACUUCUGGUCCAUUUGAGCAUAUUCCUCUGAACAACUUUGAGCACAAUCCUCGACUUGAAGGUCCGGAGUUGUUGGGACUCGCUACCUACGACACCAACUGCUCUUAGAAACUUGAUGAAUAGCUUCAGAAGAAGCGCUUCUUUUGUGGAAGUUUUAACAUAUUCCCCUCCCCUGAACGUUGUUUAUUGUUGUACUUACAGUGUGUCCAAAGUAGUAACUCUAAGCAAAAAUAUGGUGUAUGUAGGUUAUUACUAAGUCAAUGAAGGUGUGUAAAACAAUCUCUAUACUGCUACCAACUGUUGAUGUAUUUCAUAUUUCAAUGUCUAGUGAAAUGGUUCAGUGGGAUUAGAAA